AUGAAUUCAUCACAGCAGUCCGCGGAUGCUGUGCGCGCCGCUAUAUCUUCGACAACAACAUGUACUCCAACAACAGUCACUCUGCUCAGUGACCUAUUAUCUUCUAAGGCGACUACUACCCCGAAUACUUCUGGAUCCUCAAAAAUAGUUCCUAAAGCGACUGUGAAAACCACAAAAAACAGCACAAUUCGAGCUCCUCCAUCGCGGUCCAAAGUUAACGAGGCAGAUAAGGAAAAUGCGAACGCAAACGAUAAUGUGGAAUCGCUGUCUGCGAAAGAAAAAUUUACACUGGCUACUGAAGUUGUAAAUAAUACAUUAAAAGUUCUAACAGAAGCGAUCAAGGUACCAUCUCAGCCCCGGAAAGCUCCAACUACCAAGGAGAAAGCAGCAGGUCGCAAAGGGCUUAGAAGAUCAAGUUCAGUUCCUCAAGCACCAUUACAGCCACGAGCUUUGAAUAGAGUUUCUAGUUCGCCCAACAUUUCAAAAACUCGAGAUGGAUCCGCAUCUUCAACGUCAGCAUGCUCUCCCGGAGUUCGAUCGGUUGCGGAAUGCGCCAGAGCUGCCUUUCUAUGUUUACGAGGGAUCCAAGCUGCGAACAUAACAGGCCUUACUAUGCCGCCUCUACAACUCGAAAACGGAAUGUCUGUUCUAGUCGGAAAAUUACUGGCACUUGGAUUAGAGGAUCUGGCAACUAAAGAGCUCAGAAUCUUGAAACGACGGUUAGACGUGGAAAUUGAAGGGAAGAGUGCGCUAGUACCCAAAGAUGCAGCUUCCAUUUCAACACCACAAACUCUGGCUGAACUUUUGGAUUUUGGGGAGAUCUCUGCAGCAGGUGUAAAACUAGGUCUGGUGAUUACAACACAGUUACAGGCACUAAGGCUUAUGAUUGCCUCCCGGAAACCUAAGUCCAUUGAAGCCGCAAUGCCAUUCCUACGACCCGGACAUGCCUCCUCGCCUGUAAAACUCCUUUUGAAAGCCGCCGAAGAUUCAACGCAAGUGAACAAGUCUGCCCGUCAACUUCAAACUCUGUCAGAUAUGCUUCUAUCUAUGAGCCCAAGCGUCUCGUCCUCAGAAGAUGCCACCGCUUUGGAUUGUAAGGUCAGCAUAACACCACAGGCGGCAUUCAUAUUACAAGCUUUAGCUCUCGACGUACGCUUAUCAUGGUGGAAACUUGCAAAUCAUAAAGGAGAUGUUGAAAAGGAUGUCUUUGACCCUUUCCUUAGAUGUAUCCAAGCAUAUGCCCGACGCAGUCAAAAUGAGGCUGAUAAGGUAUACACAAAAUGCUCUAACGCAUUUUCACAUCUCAAAAAGUCAUCAUUGAAAUACGAAACCGACGGCCUCAAGUCGGCACCUGCCUUGAUGGGAAUAUACCGUAUACUAGGAUCCCUUUCUAAAGAAGCUAAUAUUAUUGAUGAAGCUAUUGAAUGGGUUGGAAUGGUCAGAAAUCUUCUUGAUUCUAAAGCCGACUCCAAUGCUAGGCAUAGUGCUCUCACAGCUCGUUUAGUUUCUCUCACUCUGCGGGGUUCUCAACGCGAACAAACGGAAAAGUUAUUGGUCGAGCUGUUGGAUGUGCUAGAGCAACCAUUCAAGGGCGAGGCAUCUGAAAUCGAUGAUUUAUUGACAGAAGUCUCUUCGGCAAGGAGAGCCGCUAUCAUUGCGAUUUCGAACCCUGUGUCUGAGUCGUCAAAUACAAACGCCCUAUCGCCCGAAGUCCGACAAUUGUGUGAAUCUCUCGUUUCCUUAUGCCCUCGACUAUCACUUCGCUAUAUUGGUAAGAAACCGGAUGAGAAUGCCUCAAGCAAGGAUGUUGUGCGAUUCGAACAACGCAGGAAAUUUAUCACCAAGCCCUCCGUCCAUGCAAUUGAUUCUGCAUUAUUCCUUGUCAAACUACUUCUAAAACAAGAGGCGCCAUUAUGGGAGCGGGUAGAUUCUUUACUGCAAGAUUGUCUUACAUUACUCGACCGGCUAGAACAUGGUUCUAUGGAAGAUGAAAACUUUAAUGCGACACAGUGCUAUAUUAAAAUUUCUAACCUGUACUUCAUGUAUUUUCUUGACUUACGUCGUAAUAACGAUUCUGGCAAAGGAACUCCACAGACACGGGUAGUUCUCAGAAGGUCAGUUGACUGUCUUAAAUCAAGGCCUUUACCGGACCGGAACGCUGGCCUUAUGUCUAUGAAACUGGAACGAAUGGCGGAUUUUUCCAAAAGCAUGGGUCGAUUUGACGAACUUUUCAAAGCUCUUGUAAUGCUACGAGAUGAGACAGUAGAAAAUGGUGUUUUGUGCAAGGUUGUCGAAAACGCCAAAAUUCUGUCUGUUCGCAAAGCUUGGGAGUGUACUGACGAUGCGCAAGUUCUCGCUCGUACUAUACAGUCUCUGGUAAAGGUAUACCUCAAUUACCCAGAAAUUUCUCCCGAACCUUGGCUUUUCGGUCUCUCUUGGACGGAUGAGCAAAAGGGGGCUGUCCUUGAACAUGAGUUGGAUAUCUUGGCCGGCCUCACUAAUCCCACUUCCGUUGCUAUGGACUUAAAAAGCAAGGUCUUUGAGCACCUAAUUUCCUUGUACGACUUGAACCAAUAUCCUGUGCGCAGGCUACGGGCAAUAACCAUAUUCCAACAUUCGCACAAUGAACAACAAGGUGGUUAUAUGGUUGAGACACUCACGGCUCUUAUGAGCAAGUCUAUCGAUAUUGACACAACAAAGGAUUCUGGUUUAGCAGGCUACUUGAGGCAUUGGGUGGCUAUGGCGAUAAGUAUAAUGGAACUUCAGAAAGAUGAGAUUUGCAUUAAAAAUCUGAAAAAUUGCAUCGUGAACUGGCGAACCAUUCGUUCUGAAGCUGAAAAUCUCGCGGCUCUGCAGCUUCGCAUCGAGAACAUCCCGCAGCUCUUGCUUCACUUACAGUCACUUGCCAACUUCAUGGAGAUGCGAGGUCUAGAAACUGACAAGCUUGUCAUUCUUCGCCUUAUCGCUGAUUACAAUGAGCUCUACUGUGAAGUAUCUGGUCACAACGACAUUGUGUCGACUUACAGUGCCUUAGGCCUCUCGUGGCUUCAGCUUGGAUAUUCUGGAAAAGCUGGAUUAGCAUUGGACAAGGCGCAAAGUUAUAGCUUGCGUAGCAAUCUUGGUGCCAAAACAGACCUUCACAUCGCACACUCACAAUAUAUGUUAGCAGUUGGAAACCUUGAGAAAUGUCAAUUUCAUCUAGAGUGUGCUGAAGGAGCUUUCAUUUUGGAACGAAAAGAACUAGAAGAAGAUAAAUCGCCUCUCAGUCUACAAGAAAAGACCCGACUGAAUUGUGUUGUAGCGAAAGCAUCUUUGAUUCGAUCGAUGCUUGCCAUUGAACAGGGAGGCUCAGAAUCUGCUCUUGUACAUGCUAAACAGAGCGUCAGACUACUUAGGCGCGCAUGGGCUACCACUGAAGCAAUACUUCGAAAAAAGAAACUGGCGGCUGUACCCAGAGACGAUGCGGAGAAAGUAGUGGAUGGGCUCUCCCAGCUGGAUAUCUCCACAAACAAGAUAGCGGGUCAACCUCAGCCACAAGAUAGUCCAUCAGGAAUUGGAUUCUGGCCACUGGUCGCUCCUCUUUUCCAUGGGUUGAUUCAUUUAUCAAAUUUGUACGCUCAUCAUGGGCUAUUUCAGGAGACGUUACAUUAUGGAGAGCAAGCUCACGAGCUCAUUAAAUCAUUCAAUUUUGAUGGGCAGUCUGCAAUAGCUUUGGCCACACUUGGAGACAUCUGGACUAAAGCUGGGAACCUAGAAAAAGGCACUAAUUACCUUACGGACGCAGAAAAGUUCUAUAAAGACGGGACCAAGGGCAAAAGUUCAGUCACAGUUGCAUGUCAAAUUGGACGUCUCCGUGGAAUGCUUGGAGAUCGUAAAGCAGAAAUUGCAUGUCUAGAGGAAGCAAAUCAAACUCUCAAAACUCUCAUAGACCCUGCAUUUCUUGCAACCCUCGAAUUGGGUGAUAUUAGUGCGCCGGAUGUUCCUGAUACAUUGGAAACCGGAAUUCAAACGCUCUCAAUUUCAAAACGAAAAGCGCCAGCCGCUCGAAAAACUACCACACGUAAGAAAAUGCCAGUCCCCCGAAAGCCUGUCGUUCGUUCCAAAACUCCAACGCCUUUGGAAUCAUCAGUUAGCACAGAAUGUCCUCAAUUGGACUCUUUACGAGCAAACAUUCUAUGGCAAUUGGCUGACGCUCUCAUGAGCGUGAAAAAGAGGAAUGAAGCCCGGGUUUUCUUAGAUGAAGCCAGUAAAUACUCUAAUAGCCAGUUGGACGAGGUAUAUCAAGGUCUCUCGGAGGCUCGGUGUCUGCUUGUACGAUGCAUGGAACAAAUGGUCUCCGAUCCAGUAUACUCUGUACUUCAAGACUCAACUCUCUCAUUUCCAUCAGUUGUUGGAAGUCUGAAAGGUACUAAGAGCCACGCCGAAAACCCAAAUCUCGUGCAACAAUCACCACCUAGAAAAACACAAACAUCGAGAAGUGGCCGUGGGGCGAAGAGUCCAAGUCCGGAUAACCUUUUCGACAAGUUGCACCGAGCUCAAGAAAUUCUAGUGGAAACCUAUCCUGUUGCAUUUCUCGUUGCUCCAAUCUCUGUUAUGCACAAGAUAACCUCUCUCUUGAAUAAUGUCUCCAUUUUGCUCUCUGCUGCAGGGCCAAUCAAGGGAAGAUCUCAGCCCGGUCUUGCAAGUUGCUCCAUUGAUUCUGCGCGUACUCUUGCAUUCCGCAGAGAGCGUAAAGUCAUCUUACAAGAGACUUGUAUCCCAGAACUCGAUGACCUUCGUUGGCCCGAUUGCGGGGCUAUGUCCCGGCGAUCAAGUCUCGGCGCUUCACUAUCAUUCUGCGAUAUUCCAAAAUUUCAAAAGGAAUAUAUCGAUAUCCUCCCCAAAACAUGGACUGCCCUCUCAAUAUCUUUGAGCGAGAAUCGUCAAGAACUUUCUAUCACUAAAUUACAAACCGGACAUAGUCCAUUUGUACUUCGUCUACCUUUAGGGCGUAACAAUUCCAUGGAUGCAGAUGAAGAAGUAUUUGGGUUUGAGCAAGGAAAAAUCGAGCUCUUAAAUAUCAUUGAUUCUGCGAAGGCCAACUCCCAAAGCGGCCCUAGUAGAACAGGUCGCGAAGCCAAACUUGCUUGGUGGGCAGAACGUGCAGAGUUAGACUCUCGUCUCAAGGAUCUACUAGAAAAUAUCGAGAAGGUAUGGCUAGGGGGGUUUGCAGGAAUAUUCUCUCAAUUCACCAGGAAGUCGGAUCUUCUCGCUCGGUUUCAAAAAUCCUUUGAUAAUAUACUUAACAAGCAUCUCCCUUCUCGUCGAAAGAGCAAAAGAAACUCUGGACCUCGUGUUACUUUGGACAGCAGGAUUUUGGAGUUAUUUAUCGGUCUUGGUAAUCCAUCAACUGAUGAUAGCGACUUUUCCGAACAACUGACCGAUCUUUUGUACUUCGUUGUUGACGUUCUUCAAUUCCACGGAGAAUUGAACGCUUAUGCAGAAAUCGAUUUCGAUUCAAUCGUCAUUGAAAUUCAUGAUGCUCUUCGUUGCUAUCACGAAGCUGCUCACAGUUCGAGUCAGCACGACGAAGGAAUACAUACUAUCCUGAUAUUAGACAAGGCUCUCCAUAUCUUUCCAUGGGAAUCACUACCAUGUAUGGAAGGCUUAGCAGUGUCGCGUCUUCCAUCACUUGGUUGUCUUCGGGACCGAAUUUCCAAACAACAGAAAACGUCAGAUGAAGGCCCAGAGGGGCAUUACAUCGAUCGCAAUAACGGCGCCUAUAUCCUUAACCCCGAAGGCGAUCUCAAGAACACACAAACCACUUUCCAAGCUGCUCUAGAAGCACUUCCUUCUUGGUCCGGCAUUGUCAAUCGUGCACCUUCUGAAGAAGAAAUGAAAUAUGAGCUACAAAAUAAAGACCUCUUCUUGUACUUCGGCCAUGGAAGCGGAGGACAAUUCAUUCGUUCUAAAGAAAUUCGCAAGAUGGAGAAAUGCGCAGUGACAGUUUUGAUGGGUUGUAGUAGUGGUGCGCUCUCGAAUUACGGAGAAUUCGAAUUGGGGGGGCAACCGAUACAUUAUAUGCAUGCGGGGAGUGCGGCAUUGGUGGCGACGUUAUGGGAUGUUACGGAUAGGGAUAUUGAUCGGUUUGCGGGGAAGAUGUUGGAGGGGUGGGGGCUUUUAGGGAAGGAGGGGGAGAAAGGGGAGGAAAAAGAAAAGAAGAAGGGGGGAGGAAGAAAGAAAGGGAAGGAGGAGAAGGUUCUAGAGGGUGGAGUGAAGUUGUCGUUGAUUGAGGCCGUGGCACAGGCGAAGGGGGCUUGUAAAUUGAAAUAUCUUAAUGCGGCUGCGGUUUGUAUUUAUGGUAUUCCGGUUUAUAUUAGGGACUAG